AUGGCGAGCAUUCAACUGGAAGAAAUUACCAUCGGCCAGAUCCACGCGGCCUACAAAGAAGGCCGCGUUACUGCUGAAGCCCUGACAGCCGCUUUCCUCGAUCGCAUCCAGAAAAUCGACAAGGCUGACGACGGACCCAAACUCAACUCUACCUUGGCCAUUAAUGGUGCGGCGAUCGAGGAGGCGAAGCAAUUGGAUGCCUCCUUUGCCAAGAAUGGGCGCUUUGUCGGGCCUCUGCACGGGAUUCCAGUCGUCGUCAAGGACCAUCUAAAGACAAAAGGAAUGCCCAACACGUAUGGUUCCAUUGUUGCCAAGGACUACAUUCCCGACGAGGAUGCUACCGUUGUAGCCAAGCUCAAAUCUGCCGGGGCUAUUAUCCUGGCCAAAACUACAAUGCCUGAUUGGGGAACUGACUGGUUCUCAAACUCCUCCCUCUCCGGCACGACACGCAACCCAUACGACCUAGCAAGGGAUCCAGGCGGUUCCAGCGGUGGAACAGCGACAGCUCUGGCAGCAAAUCUGGCAGUUGUGGGCUUAGGAAGCGACACUGGCGGUUCCAGCCGUGUCCCAGCCGCCUUUUGUUCUCUCGUUGGCUUUAGGCCCACGGCCGGGCUUAUCAGCGGCUAUGGGGGCUUGCGUGCAGUCCACGGACAGUCAACUGUCGGGCCAAUGGCGAGGACUGUGACCGACCUGGCACUAUUGCUAGAUGCAGUUGCUGGCUACGAUGAGAAUGACAGCGUUACGGCUAUCCAUGCCCGUGCGCUCGACAUGCCGCGCGGGGGGAGCUUUGCCUCCCAGUUUGAUACUCGUUCUCCACAGAGAGUCGGGGUUAUCCGCGCCAUGUUCGGCGAUGACACAAUAUCUGAGCAAAGACAGGUCAACGAAGUCAUCCGGGCCGCGCUAGACACUCUCUCCAGGUCUGGUGUCACACUGGUCGACAUUGAAGUACCCAAUUUGACAAACUACAUCGCCGGGUCUAGCGUCUUGCUAACAAGAAGCCGAAUCGACCUGGAGGGAUUCAUCAAAGAAAACUUCGAUCUUCCAAAGGAGAACGUCCUGGUAGCUUAUGCUCUCCCCCGCGUGGCCCCGUCUCCAUAUGAGUCUGGAGAAUACGGAAAGCAGCUGGAUACACGGGUAGAGUUCGACGCCGUUCUAUCUGCUCUGAUGAUCAAGCACCAGGUUUCCGCAUUCGCUUUUCCAGAGGCCAAGAUACCUCCGCCAGUGUCAGCCGACAUAGAUGCCAAGAUGCGGUUGGCAGUCCCUGCUAACUUUGCCAUUGCCAGUAACUUGCGAUGGCCUGCUAUAUCUGUGCCCGCUGGAUUCACAUCCAACGGUCUGCCUGUUGGGCUGGAGCUCUUGUCUCUGCCUCUCAAAGAUCAGGAAUUGCUUAAUCUGGCGUAUCGUGUUGAGCAAGCCGUUCAGGGUCGCAAGCCGCCAACGAACAUGUAA